AUGCUUGAACUAGGCCACCAGGUGAGAGUCGGCAGGUUUGUGGGUACCGUUAGAUUUAUAGGUGAGACAAAGUUUGCCCCGGGAGUAUGGUGUGGUAUUGAAUUGGACGAAAAAACGGGCAAAAACGAUGGCUCUGUCAAUGGAAUCAAGUAUUUCGAAACUGUCAAAAAAGAUGGGUUUUAUGGACUGUUUGCAAAGUUGGAGUCUGUACAAGGUUCUGGAAGCGAGGUACAAAAUGACCAGCUGCCAAUGGGUCAAAAUCAAAGCUCAAACGAAAAGCUUCAAAAAUUGGUGGUUAAACUGCAGGAUAAACUGAAUGAGAUCCAUUCUCGUUACGAGAAGUUGGAACUCGAGUUGGAAGCAUGUGUUAUGGAUAAAGAAGCACAAACACUAGAAGUUGAAGAGUUAUCAAUUGAAUUAGAUACGUUGAAAAUCGAGCAUCAAGACUUGAUGGCUCACACCCAAGAACUUGCAGAAGAACUCGAAUUGCGAAGAAGUAUCGAUCUGGAAGAAUGGAAAGGAGAUGUGACAUCGGAAGUUCUCUGGAAACGAAAUAAGCUGCUGGAAGCAACACUCGUCAAAAUCCAAAGCUGUUCGGACAACUUCCGAACAUUGAAUGAGAACCUCGAACAGCAAAACCAAAACCUGGGUCGCGAAAAUCAAAGCAUGAAAAAAAGUUUGCAAGACGCAAAUGAGGAACUAGACGGUCUACGUCGUUUGCUGGAAAAUAUGGACUCGCAAUUGGAAUCCGAGGUGUCCUAUGACCAUAUUGUUGACAAACUCACUCACGAAAAUACCAACUUGCAUGCACAACUAGAAGAACUUCAAUCUGAACGCGCAGUUGCCAACGAUCUUGAGCAAAUCUAUCGAGAUCUAGAAGAGGAGCUUUCACAGCAAUUGCACUCACUACGCGAAAAGCUUGAAAGCGCUCAGCAAAAAAUAAACGCGCUUGAAGUAGAAAACUCACAGCUUUCCAGCAAGCUUACGUUGCGCGAUCCUUCUGCUGAGCGUCAUUUACAAGAACUAACUAGCCAAAUCCAACACCUGCACAUUCAGCUUCAUCAAAAGUCUCUGAACAUUCGAUAUCUUUCAGAAAGCUGGGAUGAAUCAAGUACAAAUCUUCCUCUCGUUGUGUCCAGGAAGCUAUUAUUUUUGUCGAAACUCUUGAAGGCUGGCUCCUUCGACAGUUCGCAAAAAACGCUACAAGCAUACUUUCUUCUUCAACUUGCUUCGCAGUCCUACACAUCGGCAAUUCGGACUGCCAGACUCACGAAGCUCGAAACUUCUUCUUUUGAGAUAUUUACGCGAGAUCAAAUCGAAAGUUGGAAAGACAGUAUUUUCAAAGACAAAGUCCCAGAAGAACUAGUGGAACUAGGUGUGAAACCCUUUCUAAAUUCGAAUAAUUUUAUGAUUGACCAAGAUCCACUGGUCUUGUUUCGUACACUUGAUGAGAUAUCGAGUGUGCUAAUAAAUACACGCCACGACCUUGGCGAUGACCUCAUUUCAGCACUAGUCCGUUUGGGAGAUCUGUGUCAUCAUCGGCUGACACCUGGCACUGAAGGGAGCAUCAUGUUAUUCGAAACCAACGAGGUUUUUGUAACAGCUGCAAGUUUUUUUGAACACGUCGUCUGCGCCUUAGAAUGUAAUGGAUUUGAGCAAAGCGAGACUGUUUCUUUCCUACGGGAUUUUUCAGAUAAAUUGAACCAGCUCAAAGUAACUGUAGCGACUGACGCGCGAGAUGAUAAGUCUUCGGAAUUGCAGGUCACUAAUGAUGAAGAUGCUACAUCUGCGGCUAAGAAGCUUAAGCUAGAGCUAGAGCAAAUGAGGGAGACGGUUUUAGCCAAAACCGCCAAUAUCGAGGAGCUGAAUUUGAAACUCAAAGUCUUUGAAAAUAAGUUACAGCGGCAGAAGAUGCAGGAAGAUAUUGUAUCAAUUCUCCAAAACGAUUUGUCGGGCUUGCAGCUUUCUCGCGACGAAUUACAAUCGUCUGUCCGCAAUUUGGAGAUUGCCAAUACAAAUCUAAAAGAGGCCCUGGAGGUCGAACGCAUUGGACGUAGGUUUCUGUUUCCUAACAAAGAGCUUAUCACUCUGGCCAAAAACACAGAUGAUGCGGAUCAUUUUGCUCUCACUAGUAAGAUCAACGACUUGAAAGCAGCAAUUUUGGGUAUGCAGCAUGCACACGACGGCCUGGAUGAAAACUUUUGGUUAGCGAAACCAGUACAGUCCAAGGAUUCGUUUGUAAAUGCCAAUUUUUUCAACGAUUUAGAAAAUACUCGAAGCAUGUUUUCUGAGUUCCUGCGCGAUGCUGAAAUCGCACCUGUCAGUUUCGACUCUUCUACAAGUAGCUCGUUGGGCUUCCAUUGCAGGUGGCUUGACGAGAGAAAUGCUCUUUUGAUGGAACAACUGCAUAAUCUCGCCACUUAA